AUGUUCUGGCCGUUCCUGGAGCUUCAAGAGCAACUAGUGUACUGCCCGCUGGCCGAUUUUGGUGCCAGAGGCGUACGAGAGGGUCAGGAUAUCUACGCACAGGCUGUCGUAGCACAACCCGUGACGGCUCAUAUUCCAUUGAAGAAUGCAUUCGAGCUCAGUGGGAAGAUCGCAGUGCUUCAACGGGGACUGUGCGACUUCGUCACGAAGGUGCUGCAUGCACAGCAAGCAGGCGCAGUGGCUGUGCUAGUAGCCAACAAUAGUGACGACGGUGGAGAGGCCUUCGUCAUGGAUGCAGGUCAACGUCUCGACCAGGUAGCGGAGAGCGUGAGUAUCCCAGCCAUGAUGGUGUCUCGAGCACAGUCGAUCGACAUCUUCCAGCAGAUCCGUGAGGCGUAUCUGGAUCGUAAGGAACUGUGCUUUACUAUCAGAUUCCUUGGAGCUGAAACAGCGUCACGGGUACUGGCACAACAGGAGAGUUUGGCUCUGCAGAGUCGGAAUGCAGCGCGCAGUAUCGAACUCAAACAGCAGAGAGAACAACAGCAACAAGAGGCAGCGAGUCUGCUGCGCAACCGUCUUGGUAAGAUAUCGCAGUCCAAAGGAAAGGCGCCAGGGUCAUCGUCUGAGAGUGUCGUAGCCACACCGAGCACGAGUGCGAGUGAACCGGCACUCGACUGGUCUCCAGCGUCAUCGACGAAAAGCAGUUCGGCUGGUUCAACACGUCGCAGUCGUGAGAGUCAAAGAAACAACCAAGAGGAGCUUGGAGUAGUGGAGGAUGUUUAUCCUGCAGCUACACUGGCCAUGCUGCACUGGUGUCCGAUGACGACGUCCUUGGUGAUCUUGGACGUUCAAAACUACUUUACACUGCGUCACGGGUAUAGUAGCAAGGAAGAGGUAGCUACACAGUCAUCUAGUCCGGUUACUGAUGCGCAGUUUUACGAUCGCGUGGACAACGUGCUGAUCCCGACGAUCCAGGACGUACUACUUGCUAGUCGGGCGACUGAAGGCAUGGAAGUUAUUUAUUCAGUGGUGGAGAGUGCUACAUGCGAUGGUCGCGAGAGGUCCCGUGCUCACAAACACGCUGGCAUUCACGUACCGAAGAAUGGGUUUGGUGCUCAAGUUCCCAAAAGAAUCGCGCCUGAUGAUGACAGUGACAUUGUGCUCUCGCGCACAGGAGCCAAUGUGUUCGCAGCAACGAAUCUGGACUAUAUCUUACGGAACUUGAUGGUCACUCACAUUGUCGUCAUGGGCAUCUCGGUGCUGGGCAGUGUCGAGUCUUGUGUGCAGACUGCGUUGGACAGGGGCUACCAAGUCACAGUGCUGAAAGAAGCACUUCUUCCACUAACAAUGGGCACUACGGAGGGCUCGAAGAAGACUUCGAUGCUUGAGAGCUUUUCUAGACGAGGUGCCCAGGUGCUUACAGCGGCCGAAUUUGUCGAGAAAUUGCAAUCCUUUGCCUAA